GUACCAAAAUCGCAACCCGUGGACCCCUCUACUCUUAACAUCCCCGACUCGUCAGGACCUGCUCGCCAGUUUUGUACGGUAAAUCCUUUGCUUGACGCAGGUUCCGAACCAUCUUGCUAUCCUAGUGGCGGACUAAACCUGUGGGGACAGUUGAGAUCAAGGAUACGUGUUGUCAGUGUACACCGAGUUGCUUCCCAGCGGAUUGAGGUUCUUUCUCGCAAUUCUGUCCAGGCUCCACGGUGGGAGACGACCCAUUCCGUUGGGUUCCUUACCCUUCUGUCUGGCAAAAUUUCUUAUGAGUCCGUUCUUCUACCAUGGCAAGCAACUUUUGCACCUUAGCAGGGUUCAAACUCAUAGUAGUGGUAAGCGCAUAUAUCUACGACGGAUCACUUUGUCCAUAAUCUCCGUCGGCAACCAUUCCUACCCUUUGUCGAAGGUUGAGGAAGCUCACAUCGAUUGAACUGGAUGCAGGAAGAGAGAUGGUUAUAAGUAAUCUACAAAACGGUAUACUUACUUUGAACAGCAAUUCUGUUGGACGGACCCCAAUUUACUGCCAGGACCAUUCGCAGGUUUCUGAAGACUAUUAACCACAUAGCACAUUCCUCUCCAUCCCUACCAACUUAGUAUGCCAAGCUGCACGAAAUAUAUUACAAUCGGUGAAAAUAGUCUCCACUAUAUAACCACGCCUGCGGUUUGAUUUCAAACUGGACUACAAUGAACAGUUUGAGGUGAUUCUGAAUUCUCUGUCCACCCACUUCUAUGCAAGCGUAGUUUUCGUCAUUUGCACUUCAUUCGAUUCUCUGACUGUUGAGCCAAUACGAAAGCUGAAGGAGUCAGGAUCUUUUUCGGCCGAUAGGCCUCCGAUGACCCAAAGGUUAGGGUCAUUACUAUGAAUGGCGCAGUGGGGAAAUUAUUUUCGCGCCAAGUUGGGAUCAUUGCUAUAAACCCGAGUCACUAGCUUUACAGCUCAUCCUCCUUGCUUCCAACCAUGUCCUUCGCCACUCGUUCUACUCAAGCCCUCCGUGCCGCUUCGCGUCGUGCAACUCGCAAUGUUGCGAAUGUUGUCGUAAAGCAACAGACCGCUUCAUACUCUCUGCUUGCCCGCAAUGUUGCUGCUGCGUCCUCGAAGAGGUCUGCCAUUCAGACCACCACCCGUGGUGUAAAAACUCUCGACUUUGCUGGCACCAAGGAGGUUGUUUACGAGCGAAGUGACUGGCCAUUGGCUAAACUGCAAGACUACUUCAAGAACGACACUCUUGCUCUCAUUGGCUAUGGUUCGCAAGGCCAUGGUCAGGGUCUCAACGCCCGUGACAACGGUUUGAAGGUUAUCGUCGGUGUCCGCGAGAACGGCGAGAGCUGGAAGCAAGCGAUCGAGGAUGGCUGGGUUCCCGGAGAGACCCUGUUCCCCAUCGAGGAAGCCAUCAAGCGUGGCACGAUCAUCAUGAACUUGCUUUCUGAUGCUGCCCAGUCACAGACGUGGCCCCAGGUCGCACCCUUGAUCACCAAGGGCAAGACGCUCUACUUCUCGCACGGUUUCUCCAUUGUGUACAAGGAUGACACCCAUGUCAUCCCUCCCCCCGAUGUGGACGUCAUCCUUGUCGCUCCCAAGGGCUCUGGCCGCACUGUCCGCACACUCUUCAAGGAGGGUCGCGGCAUCAACUCGAGCAUUGCCGUCUGGCAGGACGUCACCGGCAAGGCCAAGGAGAAGGCUGUCGCGCUCGGUGUCGCGAUUGGAUCUGGAUACAUGUACGAGACGACGUUCGAGAAGGAGGUGUACUCUGACUUGUACGGCGAGCGUGGUGUGUUGAUGGGUGCCAUUCAAGGACUCUUCCUUGCCCAGUACAAGGUCCUCCGUAAAAACGGCCACACUCCCUCAGAAGCCUUCAACGAGACUGUCGAAGAGGCGACCCAGUCUCUGUACCCUCUCAUUGGCCAGUACGGCAUGGACUACAUGUACAACGCUUGCUCCACCACUGCCCGUCGUGGUGCGUUGGAUUGGGCCCCGAUCUUCGAGAAGACGAACACGCCGGUGUUCGAGCAGCUCUAUGAGAGCGUCAAGAACGGCACCGAGACCCGCAAGUCUCUCGAGUGGAACAGCCGACCCACUUACCGACAGGACCUCGCGAAGGAGUUGAAGGAGAUUGACGACCAGGAGAUCUGGCGUGCUGGCAAGGUCGUCCGCUCUCUCCGUCCAGACAGCCAAUCGUAGAAAAGUUGACAUGUUGUUGUGUGUCGUACGGAGUCGUCGUUUUGGAGCUGCAAGGAGAUCUAAAAGCACAAUUGCGUGCGUUGAUGCAUUUAUGCACUUGCUUUCUUUUAAUGUACUAUCAUUGUCUUGGAAUAGAGGUAUCGCUUCUUGAAAGACAACUAUGGCUAGAAAUAUUAGCACAUUUUUACUAUUUCCCAAAGCGGAAUAUUGUGUCCAAAUAUGGCAAAAGCUUUAAUAAGUAGGCGCGUUCGAUGACAGUAAGCU